AGUCCCCAGGGAGACACUUAAGGGAAAUUAAACUGCAGAGUGCAAGAGAUGCCUCAGUCAAGUCAGCCAAAAACACACGGGUCAUCCCCGAGCCCCAGAGAGUGACAGAGCCCCGAUGACACGGACACCUCGGCUGCUGUCCCUUCCCUGGUUCGGGCCUCCCACAGCCUUUGAAUUGAAGGCGAGUGCCUCAGAAUUUGCAUCCAUUGUUCUGUCUUUCCCGGGAAGUUAUUCAUCCUGGUGGCCAGCCCACCGACAAAAUGGAUUUGGAUCUACUGGACCUGAAUCCCAGAAUUAUUGCUGCAAUUAAGAAAGCCAAACUGAAAUCGGUAAAGGAGGUUUUACACUUUUCUGGACCAGACUUGAAGAGACUGACCAACCUCUCCAGCCCCGAGGUCUGGCACUUGCUGAGAACGGCCUCCUUACACUUGCGGGGAAGCAGCAUCCUUACAGCACUGCAGCUGCACCAGCAGAAGGAGCGGUUCCCCACGCAGCACCAGCGCCUGAGCCUGGGCUGCCCGGUGCUGGACGCGCUGCUCCGCGGUGGCCUGCCCCUGGACGGCAUCACUGAGCUGGCCGGACGCAGCUCGGCAGGGAAGACCCAGCUGGCGCUGCAGCUCUGCCUGGCUGUGCAGUUCCCGCGGCAGCACGGAGGCCUGGAGGCUGGAGCCGUCUACAUCUGCACGGAAGACGCCUUCCCUCACAAGCGCCUGCAGCAGCUCAUGGCCCAGCAGCCGCGGCUGCGCACUGACGUUCCAGGAGAGCUGCUUCAGAAGCUCCGAUUUGGCAGCCAGAUCUUCAUCGAGCACGUGGCCGAUGUGGUGACAGAGGCCAUGGAGGAGCAGGGCGCAGCACACGGGCCGCUGGGGUUCUGGGACGAGCGUGUUUCCCCAGCCCUUGGCAUAACCUGGGCUAACCAGCUCCUGGUGAGACUGUUGGCUGACCGGCUCCGCGAGGAAGAGGCUGCCCUCGGCUGCCCAGCCCGGACCCUGCGGGUGCUCUCUGCCCCCCACCUGCCCCCCUCCUCCUGUUCCUACACGAUCAGUGCAGAAGGGGUGCGAGGGACACCUGGGACCCAGUCCCACUGACACGGUGGCGGCUGCACAACAGCCCUGCCUGAGAAGCCCCGACACACGGGGCGCGGGCCUUUAAAACGCGUCUGCCUGGGCCGUGGCACAGCUGGGAGCCUGGUUCAGACACAGCUCUUCCAGGGCAGCGGCUCCACUUUCUCAUCCGAAGAUGGUGGCCACAGACUGACCCCCAUCUGAGCUGGGGGGAUGUUCUGCCUCUCCCUGGGUCUGGGGACAGGCCCGCUUGCUGGGUACCUGGUCCCCACUGCUGAGCUGGCCCUUGGGGAGAGGUGAUUCUCAGGGCUGGAGCCUGGGGUGUCCUACAGUGACUUGGGAGCCGCCUGCUUCUUCUCUCCACAUGGAAGCCCAACUGGGGUCGUGUCUGAGGCCUGCCCCCUGGGCUGGGGCCUCAGACCCCCUCAGCCUUGGGACCGUGCCCACGAGGGUCUCCCCUCCUGCACACAGGGCAGUCCUUACUCCCCCACCACUCAGGCCACAGUGGGGCUGCAGGCAGGCGGCUCCUCACCCACCUCUGGGUCCUCGGCUCCCGGGGGCCCCACCUUGGCACACACUGUGCCCCACAAAACUUCAGUGUGGUACAAGGUGGAGAAAGCAUAUCCCACCGACCUCCAGUGUCAGGGUCCAGGAGAGCCUGGGGGUGGGGGGACUGCCUUGUCUCUAGUAGUGUGGCCUGUGCCAGCACCACAGCCGGUCAGAGGAGUGCAGGCAGCGCAGGGCUGGCACGUGACAGGCUCGUCAGCCACCUGGGAACCCAGUUCUGGGCAAAGAGGAUCCGAGGUUGAGAGGAAGGAGGGUCCCGGUGUAUCCUGGCCCUGGGGGUCUGGGCGUCCAGCUCAGCCCCGGCCUAGCUGGGUGGUAUUCUGGUAGGGAUAUGGCAGGACUCCUGGCAGGGCCACCUGCAGACCCAGUCCCACAGUGUGGCCAGGCCUGACAUCUGGCUGGAAAGCAGAGCCUCCUGGGAACACAUCUGGCUGCAGAGGCUGAAAUAUCCACCCAGCAGGCAGAGUGGCGUGGCCUCCCCAUGGGCACAGUGGUGACCCCCUUGAUUCCCACCGUACAACCCCCUCCACCCCCCACCCAGUGCCUCCACAUGCUGCCUGGCACAGACCAGGCCUUUGACAAAUAAAUGUUCAAUGGAUGCAGUUCCAGGACCUGCUUCUUGCUGUCUGCCAGGCACUGCUCUGAGUAAUUUAUGCACAUUGAAGUAUGUUCUCCUCACCACUCCUAGGGAUAGGCACUGUUACAUCUCCACUUGCAGGUAGGGAAAUUCAGGCCCACAACUGUUAAGUAGCUUGACUCCUCCCACAACCCAGAGGCAGAAAUUGUCACCCCCCACUUUAUGUGCCCAGGGUGAGCCUGUGGGUGCUCCUAUAGUGGGAGGAAGGGGGGCUGGCACUGAUUGGGGGAAAGGUAAGGGGUGGGGCCAUACUGUGCAGAAUUUUUCUGUUUGCCGUUUUCUAGGGUGGGACAAUCCGUUUAAACCUUCAUCACGUUAUCAAGGCUCUCUAUGACCCUAAAGUUAAGAAUCACUGGCAUGAACAUCGGAAAAAGUUAUUUUGGGGUUGGAUUUUUACAAAACAGCCUUUCUGCAAAAGUGCAGGGAUUCUACAAUGGCAAGUAAGACAUUUUAUUUCUGUAAUUGAACAUAAGCAAUUCCAAAUGCUUUUCUAGGCAAGACAUGCCAGCGAUUAGAAAAUGAGACAGCUUAAAGACAGGUACAUUUAACAGAGAAAACACGCCUGGAAGCUCGGCCGGCCCCGCCCAUGCUGGCUCAGUUCCUGCCCCUGGAGGGAAGGGGCCGAGGGGCUUCCCGUCCCAGGGAACUCCCACCACAGGAGUCUGCAGAAGGGCUGGCCUGGCAGUCAGUCCCAGGAACACUGACCAUCCCCUUAGGGAGGCACCACGCCCUGGGGAGCACAGUUCCAGGCCAGGGCCAUGGGUCUUGCCCUGAAGACCCUCCCUCAGGGACCAUGCGCCCUGACCCUCAUUGCCUCACCAUAUUGUAAAACACUAAAACCGCUUAAGUUCUUCCCCACAGAGUUGGGGAACUAAUUGUAAACAGAAUACACGUCUACAUAUCAGCCCUGAGACAGCUGGCCCCGCUGCACACGCAGCCUGCUGGCCCCAGCAAGACAUGGUCAGAGCUGGUAAGUGCUCUACAGCAUUCAGAAAUCUGACCACAGCGUACACACAGCUCACAAGUCAGUGCAAACAGAAGCUAAUGACAUCCUCCAAGAAAAUUCCAUACAGUUAUGACAAUGGAAAACCUGUUAUACAUUGUAACCAUACAUCAUUAGCAAUGUUUAAUACAUCUUACUAUAAACACUGAAUUUCUAAGUACAUGAUACUCCUAGCAGCUUAAUCCAGAAAAUAACGAUGUGAAUCCCUCCAAUACCGUAAACACAAGACCAAGUGCUGCCCAUGAGAGUGCCCCGUGCCACCCGCGGGCACCACCGGCCUCUGAGGACCCCUGAGCCACACACUGCUGCUGCUUCAGGGAAGCAUCCAUGUCACAGGACUUCCCCAGGGGCCUGGUUUCUGCCACAGCUGCACCAACUACCCAGAGAUAUCUGUCCGCCCACAGAUCCAGACGCUCCCAUGCCAUGGUUGCUGGGGCCAGGCGCUGCACACACGGCUGCUGGCGGGGGGGGGGGUGGGGGGCGCAGUGAUUAUCUUGACAGCAACUCUGAAGAAACAGGUGCUGACUCUCGCGCGGGGUUCCUCUCACCAGAACGACCACACACAGGAGGAGGGAUGCCUGGGCCCACCACUUCUCUCCUCUGAAGGGAAAAAUUCAGACCGCCAGAUGGGAAAUGGCUGAAAUCACUGCACUUCUAUUGGGUGGAAGGGUUCAAACAUCGGGGACUCAGGUAACUCAGAUUCCCUUGCCGCCUCCCUCUCUGAAACACGAACCUUCCUUUACGAGCUGGCUUCAGGGAGGCCCCCUGGCUUCUCUUACCCCAACACACAGUGCUCCCACAGCCACAGUGCUGCAGAGGCCACCUCGGCCCUAAAGUCCCAUGGCUGGAAGCCACAGCAGGCUCCACAGAGGCCCCACACAACCUCGUCUGCACCCAUCAGUCUGAAGAGGUUAAAAUUCAACUCCAUAUUCAGCCCUAUGUUUAUUCCUUCUAAAUGCCCUUUUUCCUUUCCAGAUAACUGUCACUAAGGGAAACUGUCUGGGUUCCAAACUCUGCUCAGCAUCCUCACAGGGAGAAGGCACCCCCACCACAAGGGAAGCUCCGGAGCCCUCCUGCCUGUCGCCUGUGCACAGACAUAGCCCACUACGGGGGCAGCCACGGCACCUGUCAGGGGAAGCUGCUCUACACCCCCCUUUUUUUGGGGGGGGGUGGCUUCUCACAACCCAUCAAAUUAUAUAUAUAUAUAUAUGUGUGUGUAUAUAUAUAUACACACACACACACAUAUAUAUAUACACAUGGUUUUUUUUGCUAGACACAGGGACUCGCUGUGUUGCCCAAGCUGUUCUUGAACUGGGCUCAAGUGAUCCUCCCGCCUCAGCCUCCCAAAGUGCUAAGAUUAUAGGAUUACUGGCAUGAACCAUCGCACCCAGCCAUAUAUAUAUAUAUAAUUUAACAUUUUUUCUUUUAAUCCCAUCCACUAUUACAGAACCUAUGAAAUUUUCUUCAACACCUCUAUGUAGCAUUUAGAAAGUAAGCUCCUGAUCCACCAGAAUCUGCAAGAAUGGAGUCAGGAGCCUCAGAAAAGGAGCCACGGCCACAGGCGAGCAGCUCGGGGACAACGCUGGCUCCACAGGGCAGCUCCUGGGCCAGGCACCCGCUGGCGACUACACGGAGCUUGUCUUGUGGAAACAAACGCGCUUUCACAAACACAGCAGUCCUGCGACAUGAGGCGGGAUGAAACUUUGAAAGGUAUUUUAAAGUCUAGCCUUGUAACAAAACCUCAGGACACUCUGUCCCCAGCCUUCGUGCCCCACGGGGAGCUUCUAGGGGCUGAAGGUGACAAGUGUGAGCCUCUGCUGUGCCACCACCCGCCCUGUUACAUGACAGUGGCAAGCUGAGCUUUCACGGGAUGGCUGGUGUUUCACAGACCGCCCUCCAUCCCGUAGCCUAGUUGGCUGGCAUGGAGGUGGCGCUUCUGAGCGUCAGCCUUUGGAAUCACUGAUCACCUCGGCGUCUGUUUUGUAUGCUCUUUACCUAUGGACUAGUUUGUGGACGGCUAAGAAAUACAGCCUCAGCAUUGAUUUGAAAA